UCCGCUCGGCGCACACGUUUCCCGACAGUCGUGCUCCUCUCUUCGGCGCUUUCUCCGCCGCAGCUUCAAAUGAGAGACUCGUGUCGGUUCACCGUGUAAAUGACAGCACAGUGUGCCCCCGCUUCUUCCCUACGCCCCCGCCUCCCUCCUCCUCCUCCUCUUGGCUGUGAUCAUGUGAUGGCGCAGAAGUGGCCCAUUAAUGAAGCUCCUCUCCGGGGGUCUUUUCUGCUCCUGUCACCGCGCACGGGACAGAUCUGAGAGCGACAUGGAAGAGGCAGCAGCAGCCGCUUAGCGCAGCUCAGCAGCGGGCAGCAGGAGGACGGACACCGCGCUGCACCUGCCACCCAAGCGCAGGAGAGGAGCAGCACCCACCGCUUCAACUUCUCCCAAAGUUUGGCUUCCAGCUGUGCGUAAAAACUGGGAGCAUGCGUGCAGAACACCCGGCGGCUUCCGUCUCGUGCGUAAAGGCGCAGUGAAGAGUUUGGAGAAAGUUUCCGAAAACAAAGCGAAGAGAAGCUCUUCUGACGGGAUCCCGGUCCGGCUCGGCUCGGCAGGAGAAAAUGCCGCGCCCCGGGAGGAACACGUAUAGCGACCAGAAGCCUCCGUACUCGUACAUCUCCCUGACGGCCAUGGCCAUCCAGAGCUGCCCGGAGAAGAUGCUCCCACUCAGCGAGAUUUACAAGUUCAUCAUGGACCGGUUCCCGUACUACCGGGAGAACACGCAGCGCUGGCAGAACUCGCUGCGCCACAACCUCUCUUUCAACGACUGCUUCAUCAAGAUCCCCCGCAGGCCGGACCAGCCCGGCAAGGGCAGCUUCUGGGCUCUGCACCCCAGCUGCGGCGACAUGUUCGAGAAUGGGAGCUUCCUGCGGCGCCGGAAACGCUUCAAGGUGGGCAGCAUGCAGGCCGCGGACCCGUUGGCCGCCAGCAAGCCGCAGGACGCGGCACACUACCUGCAGCAGCAGGCCAAGCUACGGCUGAGCGCGCUGCACGCAGCCGCGCACCUCCCGCAGAUGCCGGCCGGAUACAACCUGAGCUCCGUCUCGCAGCCGUCCGGCUUCAAGCACCCGUUCGCUAUCGAGAACAUCAUCGCCAGAGAGUACAAGAUGCCCGGCGGGCUGGCGGCCUUCUCCACCGCCGGAUACCCGCUGCACAACCAGCUGACCCCGGCCUGGCCGCACAUGUACGGCUCCGGGAUGAUGGACACUGGCCCCAUCUCCAUGGCCGCCAGCGACUACUCGGCCUACGGCAUGCCGCUCAAGUCCAUCUGUCACGGCGGGCAGACGCUGCCCGCCAUCCCAGUGCCGAUCAAACCCUCCCCAGCCUCGGUGCCCGGCCUGCCGGGGCUGCCUGCGCACAUUCCGGCCUUCCUCGCGAACUCGCCCCAGUCUCUGAGCCCGACCUCCCCGCAGACAGCCACCGGCCAGAGCAGCCCGGCCGGCCCCGGAGAAGCGCUGCAGUCCGCGGUGGCGGUGCACUGACGGGGGCUGCUCCGCUUUUUCUAUAUUGAAACAAACAAACAAACAAACAAACAAAAAAAACGCAGAGAGUUUAGGAAACCGCAGGCUGACCUCUGACCUCCACAGAAAUAAUCAAAAUGAUCGACUGGCUUUUAUUUCCACCGAGGUCAGAAACAAAUUUGCUCCACAUUCCUUCGCUUCACCGUGACUGAGUUUAACGGCUCGGUGGAUCCCGCACAGACAAAUUAUCCGGAUCUUUUGUGUUUGCAGGCUUUUCUUCUCGGACUCAAAGAAACCCUCAGAUUAAUGACUCCAGAAGAUUUUUCUCCCUCUUGAGCCUCUCCGUUUCUUUUCUGCCCCCAAAACAAAAGUUAAACCUAAAAGGAGGUUAAUUUGAUCCCAUUUGUAAAACUCUUUCUCCCUUUGAUUGAAUCUCAAGAGGAAAAUCUGCCUAAAGAAGCAGGCAGGCGUGUGAAGAACCAAAUAUGUCCCCGCUGUUUCCUUUCUCAAUCGAGUUUAUUUUGUAAUAAUCGAUAUGAACAAUCGCAGAGAAGAUGAAACUUAAAAGCAUAUAUUUAUGUCUCAGUCUAAAAACCCACCGGAGAGGUUUGAAUGCAAGGAUCUAUGUCUCUGAUGCACUUUUUAAAGACCAACUUUAGAUGUUUUUUAUUGAGUAGCGAGGCCGUGUUGGUUUGAUUUAAAGGUUUGGUGUUACAAUGAGCCGCUGUCUGUGUAUUUGUACUGCUGCAUGCUCCUCCGUCUGAAAAGCAGAGAAUAAUCCAGUGUUUGUAUGUUUUUUUUAAUGAUUCUUUUCAUUUUGGGGGGCAUUGAAAAGCAUGAACAUGACUAAUGGGCUUUUUAUUCCCUUCGCUGUGUCUGCUCAUCCAAAUCCAUUAAAGAAACCUUCAUGGGCAAAAAUACACAAAAUAAAUCCAGUCCGAGUGCAUUUUUACACUUUAAAAUCUCUUUAACAUUUUCAGCUUUUAUGGAUUUGUGCAGGUAAAAUUCAGUCCUCUAAGUUUGUACAUUUAAUCUCUAACCUGCUGUUUUCUCCCUUUCUCAAAAUCACAAAGUGAAAUUUUUAUUUCAGUGGGAUAUUUAUUCUAUUUCAGCCCAAUAUCACAGCAGAUUGUGAAAUAGUCACAAAAAACAAAUGAAAGUAGAAAAAGUUAUGGCUAUUUCACAAUCUUUGUUAAAUCACAUUAAUUUAAAUUAAGAAUAAUUUAGAUUUGCACCUUUAAUCUCAGUAAACGUGGCUCUUAAAGCUGACUUUCUUGUAGCUGCAGAAUUCUUUUUAGAUUUAACUUGUAACCUGAAAUGUGGUUUAAAAAAAUCUGCUUUACCAGGUGUUACAUAAACCCAGCAGUUUACCUGGUAACAGCUGUAUUUUUUUUUUAACUCCUCACUCUGUGAAAUGUCACCUGUUCAGGUAUUUUAACAGCCUGACUCUACUUCUUGUUUCCCUUCUGUUAUAUAUAAACCAAAGAUCUGAGGUACCUUAAAUUCAAACCAGGUUUUAUCAAAGUGUGGGCCUUCUAUCAUAAAGUACGAGUACGUCGGUAUUCCUGAGAUUUGAAGCCGGAAGCCUGAGACAACAAACCAGAAAAAUCAAUGUACGAGUUUUAAAAUGAGAUUUUACGGUUUCUCUGUCACGCCCAUUUUAAAAUGUUAAAAAUUUCUUUGUCAUUUUCACAAAGCAGCAGCUGAGAAACUGAACUUCUGUCAGUGAUUUAUAGGUGAUCAUUUCAGUGCAGCCAAAUAUAAAAUCAGAGUUCAUUUCUGGAAGCUGAGGUUCACAUUUCAGGCUCAGUGUUAUUAAAUCAGGAUUAAAUGAAGCCUCAGACUGUUUCUAUUGGAACACAUUAACGUGCUCAGAUAUUAAAACUGGACCAACGCACCGUCUCACACACAGUUCAUCAAGGCUGCGCUCCAUUUUAAUGCUAAAUCAUUUAUUUAAUAAGACAGCAACAUAAAAAUUUACACUGAACUAAUGGGCGCGAAUAACCUUAACAAAUUUUUAGUUUAGUAUAAUAAAAAAAUCUCGACCUACAUGCACAUUUGAAAAAAUAUUUAAUGCACACUAAAAAUUCUUUAUACUUUGGUAAGUAAAAAAAUGAAAAUGAGUGAAGCUUAAUUUUUCUCACGUUUCUUUAUGUUGACUCAAAUGUCUUUUUUUAUAUACACAAAAAAACAUUUACAAUAAAUUUGAA